AAUUCAGGAAUCCAUUUCAAAGACUUGACUCUUUCCUGUGAAAGGAGAGUGGGACUCAGAGAGGAAGUGAACCUGCAGCCCGGCUGUCUUCUGUGGGAGGAUGGCUGUCUAGAUCGAUGGCGAGAGGGAUGGCGUCAGAGGAAAGGAAGGAGGAGAGGCACACGCCGUGUCAGACUCGUGAUGAAUUUAUAGCAGCAGACAGUGUCUGGGGAAAGGGGAGCACCGGGCCCGAAGCACAGAGCGUCGGGGCGUGUCCCGAUACACGUGAAGUCGUGCCUUCACCUCUGGUGGCCCGAUGAUGCCUGCAGUGCUUUCCAGCGCUUGAGAGCCAGCAAACGAAAGAGGUGUUUGAAGAGGUUGGAUGGGAAAUGUGUGCAUAGAUCAAUUUGAACCACAGUGGCGUCUCCCUGUGAAAAAAAGUCGACAGCAACUUCAGCGAGAAAAAGCCCUUCAAGAGCAAAGCCAAAAACUUGGACUUCAGGAUGGAUCAACCUCAUUACUUCCAGAGCAGCUGCUUUCUGCACCGAAGCAGAGAUUUAAUUCUCAGAAGCCAAAUUUCUCUCCCCCUACUCCUAGUUCUCUUGCACCUACCUCUCCUAUUGGUGAAGAAAAACCAGAGGGUAUUGAAAGUCAACCAAGGGAACUGGAACUUGAAAAUUCCCAUGAUGGUCACAAAAAUGCUGAGGUCCCACCUGCAAAGCCAGAUUGCAAAUCGGAGAAAAAGAAAGUGGAAUUGCAAGAAAAAUCUCGUUGGGAAGUCCUCCAACAAGAACAACGGCUAAUGGAAGAGAAAAAUAAACGUAAGAAAGCUCUUUUGGCUAAAGCUAUUGCAGAAAGAUCUAAAAGAACUGAGGCAGAGACCAUGAAACUAAAGCGGAUCCAGAAGGAGUUGCAGGCUUUAGAUGACAUGGUGUCUGCUGACAUUGGGAUUCUCAGGAACCGGAUUGAUCAGGCCAGUCUAGACUAUUCAUAUGCUCGGAAGCGGUUUGACAGGGCUGAGGCCGAGUACAUCACAGCAAAGCUCGAUCUGCAGCGCAAGACUGAUACUAAAGAGCAACUGACUGAGCACCUGUGUACGAUCAUACAGCAGAAUGAGCUCCGCAAGGCCAGGAAGCUGGAGGAGCUGAUGCUACAGCUGGACGUCCAAGCUGACGAGGAGACCAUGGAUCCUGAAGUGGAGGUGGAGAGACUGCUGCACGAACAAGAAUCAGAAGCUGGGAAACAGGUGCUUCACGUGGAGAGGCCAUUGGGAUCCGCUCAAGAGAAUCGGAAGCCUCAAGAACAAGCCGCCCCCAUAAAAGUAGAUGCACAAUGUGAAAAUGGCAGCAGCACCCCUCUUGCUCCAGACCAUGCAAAGCAAGUGAAAACUACUGUAAAUGAUAUUUCAGCUGCUCUGACCACAUGAAGUGCCAGUGUUUGUCCUCUUCUCCUGUUAGGGUAUUCAGUACACUUUCUGUUGUAGAUUAUGCCGUGACCUCUGAUAAAUGCCUCUUUAAAACAAUAUUCAUUUUUGAAUCCAUGAUUCUUUCUAUAAUGUGUUUGACGACUAAAGUCUCAGAUGAUGAUAAUUUUAUAUGGGGGCAUAGUUCACCCUCAUUUUGGUCCAGUUCCUUUAGUGUACCCCUAUUUUGGGAGUGAAGACAAGUAACUUAAAAGGAUAGAAGAAAAACUACAUAGUUAAGAGUAUUUUUACACCAGCUAAAUGUAGAAAACUGAAAUGAAAAAUGAUAAUACCUCAUCAAAUUCAUUUAACUUCUGGAAGAAGUGCUGAGAAUGAGAAAAUGAGAAUCCUAUUUUAUGUCAUCACUAAAAAGACACAAAAAAAAUUAAACGUGAAAAAGAGAUGAAGAAACAACAAAACUAGUAGGUUGAAUUAUCUAGUUGGAUCUUAACUAGAGUUGCAAAACACUACUUUUGUCUUCAGUUUGCCUUUUAAAUGGCUUUAGUUUCCAACUUGAGUUUUGGUUGGUUGAUACACACAAACACAAGAUAUGUAUAUAUAAAGAUGCCAUAUGUAUAAUUUUACUGUUAAUAUAUUGUGUUUUCUUUAAUCAACACAUUGAUUAGUUAAAUUUAGACAAUGAAAACAUUUCUACAGUGAGGCUGAAAAUGUAGAAAAUCUCAUUGCUACUUUUGAUUAUCAAAAAAAUUAAUACAUUUUUCUAAAGUUACCUGUAAAUAUGAGUUUUAUAUGUUGGAUAAAUUAUGUUGUCAUAAAGCAUUUAAAUUGUUAAAAUGAUGAUUUUAUUAUUACUUUAAUAGUUUCUUAAUUACCAUCAGUAAUACUUGAUCACUACAUUUGUGCUAUGUAAAUGUAUAAAUAAGUAUUGUAGUUUUGUCACAAAAAUCUAUUUAAUUACACAUUUAAUGUGACUAUCACAUUAAAUUCUGAUCUAUCAGAAAUUCCAAAUAGUAAAAUCAUAUAUUUUAAGUGUUAAAAAGAAGAAAUAGAAGAAGAUGAGGACAAAUGUAAUACUGUAUCCAUAAUAAUUUCUGCAACAGUUGGGGACAUCCUAUUUUUAAAUGAGUUUGAAGGUAUUAUUUUCUUGUAAUACAGAUAAGCUUUGUAUUUUUAUAUUAUGUAAUUUGAGUGGAAAGUACAGCUUUCCAUGACUAACUUCUCUAAGCAGAGGCAUUUGUAUAGCUAGUCGUGUUUUUACAUGUAUGUAUGAUGACAUACAUAAAAACUGAAAGUUUCGUCUAUAUAUUCCUAUUUUUCUAAAGAAUAAAC